AUGGGUGGAAAAGAGAAAACCCAUGGUGGCUAUGAAGGCAAUGACGCCAUGUAUGUCAAAUUGAUACCUUUGGAUGGUCAUGAAUUUAUUAUAAAAAGACAACAGGCACUAGCAUCCGGAAAAAUAAAAGCCAUGUUGAGUGGCCCAGGUCAGUUUGCUGAGAAUGAAAUUAAUGAAGUCAGUUUUAGAGACAUCGCUUCACACGUGCUACCAAAAGUAUGCAUGUAUUUGACCCACGAGGUUCUCUACACCAACAGCGCCCUGGAGAUUCCUGAAUUCCCAACUGCACCUGCAAUUGUAUGGGAGGGGCUGAUGGCUGCCAACUUCCUAGAUUGUUAA